AUCCUAAUAUGUGGACUGCAGAGCACGUGCAGCAGUGGGUACAGUGGGCUGUCAGGGAAUACAGUCUUCAAGAUGUUCAGGUUGCAAGGUUUAACAUGGACGGUAAACACCUCUGCAAGAUGACCAAAGAUGACUUCAGCAGACUCACCAAUAUUGUCAACGUAGAUGUCCUCAUUUCACAUCUCAACUUCCUCAAACAAACUCCACUGCCUAAUCUAACCUCAGAUGAUAUAGACAAAGCGCUGCAACCCAGCCCCAGGAACCCGCCCUCCUCACAAGCAGGCUACACUCCAGGAGCGAAGAGUAAUUUGGAUAACGACAAAUACAACGCUGCAGAUCACCAAACCACACUGGACACAAAUCCAUCAGGUGGGUCAGCCUUUCCAUAUCCUACUUCCACCACUACCACUGUUGAUAGUGUACACCGCUUGCCUCGCACAGGUAAAAUGAAUAAAUAUAGAAUUAUAGCACUACGGUACAUGGUAUAG